UGUGCUGAGUGCUUGAGGACGUGUUUCAACAGAUGGUUGGGGUUAGUGUGUGUCAUCACACUCGAGUGGGGAUUAGGGGAGAGAGGCAGCCUUGCUGGAGAGCUGUGUGGUCUUCCCCAAGUGUGAGCUGCAAGGAAAAGAAGAACUACCUAGCUCUGGGGGAGAAGAGGCAGGAAUCGUUUCCAGCAGCUCAGAGGGAAAAAUAAACCCCCACACUUUGUUCAGUAAAACAAAAGACUGAGCUGAGGAAGACUGGGAAAAUAAUGAAAAUAUUUCUUCCUCACAUAAGAAAAAGGUUUUGACUAUAAUAAGUUCACUGAGCGAGACAUCUAGACUUCUGUCAAAUGCUAUGAAAAUUAACCAAGGCACAUUAACUGCAGGAGACCUUCAAAGGACAGAGAAAGAAGCUGUAACAAACAGUUCUGGAGACUUUGAAGCACAGCCACAGUGCUGAGGUCUUUGACUGACAAGCCUUCCGCUUUCUUCUUCUUACAAGACUCCUCCUACAGAUGUUCUGAACACGUCUGCAUCCCAGCAAUUUUUUUUACUGCGCCCAGGUCUUGAAAACUAGAGCCCAGGCACUUCUGGAUCAGACUUUUCCUUGAAAUACUGGAACUACUAUGGAGUCUUCUCGGUUUGCACUCAUCCUGGCAGUGCUUAGUACUGAAUUGCUAACAAGUCACUGUUCCACCAUCAAAUCCCCGAGGUUCAGAGGACGUGUGCAGCAGGAGAGAAAAAAUAUCAGACCAAAUAUCAUCCUUGUACUCACAGAUGAUCAAGAUGUGGAGCUGGGGUCCUUGCAAGUGAUGAACAAGACCAGACGCAUUAUGGAAAAUGGAGGAGCCUCUUUUAUCAAUGCGUUUGUAACCACCCCAAUGUGCUGCCCCUCACGUUCCUCCAUGCUGACUGGGAAAUAUGUGCAUAACCACAACAUAUACACCAACAAUGAAAACUGCUCUUCUCCCUCCUGGCAGGCUACUCACGAGCCACGUACCUUCGCUGUGUAUCUCAACAACACUGGGUAUAGAACAGCUUUUUUUGGGAAAUACCUCAAUGAAUACAAUGGCAGCUACAUCCCUCCUGGGUGGAGAGAAUGGAUUGGAUUAGUGAAGAACUCUCGCUUCUAUAAUUACACAAUUUCUCGCAAUGGUAACAAAGAGAAGCAUGGAUUUGAUUAUGCAAAGGACUACUUCACAGACCUAAUCACUAAUGAGAGCAUUAAUUACUUCAGAAUGUCUAAGAGGAUAUAUCCCCAUAGACCCAUAAUGAUGGUCAUCAGCCACGCUGCACCCCAUGGCCCCGAGGAUUCGGCACCACAGUUCUCAGAGCUCUACCCCAAUGCUUCACAGCAUAUCACUCCAAGCUAUAACUAUGCACCCAACAUGGAUAAGCACUGGAUCAUGCAAUACACAGGGCCCAUGCUGCCUAUCCACAUGGAGUUUACAAACGUCUUGCAGCGCAAAAGACUUCAGACCUUGAUGUCAGUUGACGACUCUAUGGAAAGACUAUACCAGAUGCUUGCAGAGAUGGGAGAACUGGAGAAUACCUACAUUAUUUACACUGCUGACCAUGGUUACCAUAUUGGGCAGUUUGGACUGGUCAAGGGGAAGUCAAUGCCAUAUGACUUUGAUAUUCGAGUUCCUUUCUUUAUUCGUGGUCCAAGUGUAGAGCCGGGAUCAGUAGUGCCUCAGAUAGUUCUCAAUAUUGAUCUUGCUCCAACAAUUCUGGAUAUAGCAGGACUUGACACACCUCCAGAUAUGGAUGGCAAAUCUGUCCUAAAGCUUCUGGACUUGGAGAGACCAGGAAACAGGUUUCGAACAAACAAGAAGAUCAAAAUUUGGCGUGACACGUUUCUGGUGGAAAGAGGCAAAUUUCUACGCAAAAAGGAGGAACCCAACAAAAACACUCAGCAGUCUAAUCAACUACCCAAAUAUGAGAGAGUAAAAGAAUUAUGCCAGCAAGCAAGAUACCAGACAGCCUGUGAACAACCAGGACAGAAGUGGCAGUGCACUGAGGAUGCUUCUGGCAAACUUCGAAUUCACAAGUGUAAGGUCUCUAGUGACAUACUUGCCAUCAGGAAAAGGACACGCAGCAUCCACUCCCGGGGAUACAGCAGCAAAGACAAAGACUGCAGCUGUGGGGACCCUGAUUACCGAAACAGCAGGACCCAAAGAAAAAAUCAAAGACAGUUCUUGAGAAACCCUAACUCGCAAAAAUACAAACCCCGAUUUGUUCAUACUCGCCAAACCCGGUCCUUGUCUGUGGAAUUUGAAGGUGAAAUAUAUGACAUAAAUCUGGAAGAGGAAGAAUUGCAAGUGUUAAAGACCAAAAGUAUCUCCAAGCGUCACAACGCUGAAGAAGAGGAAGAAGCACAGGAAACUGGUGGUGAAAUAAUGAUUGCUGAUGGCACUGAUGCUAUAGGUCAACCCAGCUCUGUCAGAGUGACACAUAAAUGUUUUAUUCUUCCAAAUGACACUAUUCACUGUGAGAGAGAGCUGUAUCAAUCCACCAGAGCCUGGAAGGACCACAAGGCUUACAUUGAUAAGGAGAUUGAAGCUCUACAAGACAAAAUCAAGAAUUUGAGGGAAGUUAGAGGACACCUGAAAAGAAGAAAACCAGAUGAAUGUGAUUGUAGUAAACAGAGCUAUUACAACAAAGAGAAAGGAGUAAAGGCCCAAGAAAAACUCAAGAGCCAUCUUCAUCCCUUCAAAGAAGCAGCACAGGAAGUGGAUGGCAAACUGCAGCUGUUCAAAGAGAAUCGGAGAAGGAAGAAGGAAAGGAAGGGGAAAAGGCGCCAGAAGAAAGGAGAUGAGUGCAGCCUUCCUGGACUGACAUGUUUUACCCACGACAACAACCACUGGCAAACAGCACCAUUCUGGAACUUGGGCUCUUUCUGUGCUUGCACAAGCUCGAAUAACAACACUUAUUGGUGUCUGAGAACUGUCAAUGACACCCACAACUUUCUCUUUUGUGAGUUUGCAACUGGCUUCUUGGAAUAUUUUGAUAUGAACACUGAUCCCUAUCAGCUGACAAAUACAGUUCACACAGUGGAAAGAGGCAUUUUGAAUCAAUUACACAUACAGCUAAUGGAACUGCGAAGUUGUCAAGGUUAUAAACAGUGCAAUCCAAGGCCAAAAGGACUUGAAACAGGAAAUAAAGAUGGAGGAAGCUAUGAUCCACACAGAGGACAGUUAUGGGAUGGAUGGGAAGGCUAACCUGCCCUAUUUCACUGGCGACAUCGACUGGCAAGGACUGGAAGAGUUGUACAGUGUGAAUGAAAGUGUAUAUGAAUACAGAUCCAACUAUAGACUUAGUCUGGCUGACUGGACUAAUUACUUGAAGGAUGUAGAUAGAAUGUUUGCACUGCUGAACAGUUACUACCAGCAAAAUAAAACAGACAAGGCUAACCCUGCUCAGAGCAGCGAGGAUGGGGACGAAUCAUCCACGCCUUUUGCUUUGGUGGAAAUGAGUUCUGCUGAAGAAUCAAGCGGUCUGCCUGCAGAAGGGCUGCAGCUCAUUGUGCCAACUGACUUUGCAGCCCUCGCUUUGAGCACGGUGAAUUUCAGUCAGGAGAGGAAACUUGAAUUAAACAAUGAUAUUCCUGAGAAAAGUAGUUUGAAUGACGCACACUGGAGAAAUAAUCAUCAAGCUGAAAAGUGGAUGGAGGAUAAAGAAUCGGACCAUUUCGAUAUGGAUUUCAGUGGAAACGGUUUGAUAGAGUUGGAGUC